AGAAACUAAAAUUCAAAAAACAAAAAAAAGAGUUGAUCAAAGCAAGAGACUAGAGUGACUGAUCAGCCAUGGAUCUCUCAAGCCCCAGAUACUUUCAAUCCCCUUCUUUUUCAAAUGCUAAUACUGUGGAACCGGUAAUGGAGAGCAACAACGGGAGCUUCUACGGGAAAACGAAGACCAACCCAUUUCCAGAAGCCUUCCCCGACCCACUUUGCAAGCUUAAUCUCAAGGAAACCUCGGAGUUCGUGAAGUCAUUCCCAAUGCAGAACAACCUCGGCGCCGAAACCAACAACGUUGGUUUUCUGGAAGCUUCGUCUGCUCAGAGGAGAAGAGAAGGAGUUAACUCCCUGAUUCAAAGAAGGGCCUUCGAAGCCGCUCCUCCCACGCCCGGUCGACCCGUUUUCAGUUUCAGUUCUUCUGGAAACUUCUCGAGAAAGAGCUUUCCUUCGAAAUGGGACGACGCCGAGAAAUGGCUCAUAAGCAGCUCUUGCCAUGACUCGCCUGCUCACACGGCCGUAAAGUCGUCGUCUGAAUCCGUAAAAACCGCCAAGCAAAACGACGGUUUUAAGCCGCAACUGGAGGUUUUCUCCGAUAAGUCCAGGGUCACCGAGGAAAAAAGCUUUCAUAAUAACUCUGUCAGAGGUUUCAAUGCUUCAACGGAGCACUUCUUUCUAAAAGACAAGUUCACGGACGACAUAGAGCCAAUAAGGCUGAAUUUCAGAACGUCAGAGCCAACCAAAGAAGGCUUUCUGUUCAAAAACUCGCCCUGCGAGACCAUGAAAGACGCAAGCACAGAAGUGGUUCAUGACAUCCAACACAGAGACGUCGGGACCGAGAUGACUCCCCUCGGAAGCUCCACGACUUCACGGUGCCACACUCCAUUCAAGAGCUCGUCCCCAGUGCGCCACAACACGCCGGCAAGUAGGUCGGGGCCACUGGGGUUGGGGUACUCCAGCAACACCAACAGCACCAUUGACAUUGCCCAGUUGCAGGAGUGCCAUUUAGCCAAGCUCCAACUCGGGACUCACUAUGACUCGGUCACUUCCAAUUGGAGUUCAAAGGAAGAGGAAGAGGAGGAGAUAUCAAAGAGCCUCAGACAUUUUGAGACAGACAAUGGAUGUCAUAAGACUACUCCUGACUCUAGAGCAGCUGCUUGGGAGGAGGAGGAAAAGACUAAAUGCUGUCUAAGGUAUCAGAGAGAAGAAGCAAAGAUUCAAGCUUGGGUCAAUCUCCAAAGUGCAAAAGCAGAAGCUCAAUCAAGAAAGCUUGAGGUGAAAAUCCAAAAGAUGAGAUCAAAUCUAGAGGAGAAGUUGAUGAAGAGAAUGGCGGUUGUUCAUAGAAAAGCUGAGGAGUGGAGAGCAGCGGCAAGGCAACAACACACAGAGCAGAUUGAGAAGGCCACAGAACAUGCCCAGAAGAAGAUGAAUAUGAAUAGGAAUCACAGUACUCAUUUCUCUAGCCAUGUCUCUUGUGGUUGUUUUCCAUGCAAUAAUCACUAUCGGUCAUGA